AUGGCCCCUCGCCGGCGCCGCUCCAUACCAAAUGUUCAUGCACAAAAAGCACAGGCUCCUCCUCAGCGGGUCAUCACCCCUACAGUAACGCCACAGCGGCAGCAUGACCUACUCCUGGCGAUCUACCAAAGCAACAUGAAGGUCUUGUUGCGCCAGGAGCCCGCGAUAACCUCCAUUAUCGACCAGUUCAGCCACGUCUGCAUCUACUAUCAUACGGGAGAGAAGUGGGAAAGAUAUGGAUACGAGGGAAGCAUGUUCUUGUUCGAAAAGUCCACCUACCCGACAUAUGGGUUCUUCAUCUUGAACCGACAGGGUGCUGAGGAUUUUGUGCGACCGAUCUAUCCAGAGGACGACAUGGAGGUUAUGGGGAACUACUUGAUGGUCCGCUUUUAUUCAGAUUACACCGCAACCCGCCUGGCCAUGGGUUUGCCUCACCCUAUCCCUGAGGAGAGCCGAGACGCUUUCAAGAAGGAGCUCGCGUUGCGAGUGCCUCCCGGAUAUCGAGACUCUGUAUUUGAGAAAGAGAAAGGCGGACGGGGGAUCACUCUUGGACUCUGGAUGUUCGCAACAGAUGCACGAGAGCCUCUGAAAGACGUUAUGAUGAGAUUAUAUUCGUACAUCAAGCAAGGGCUUCCAUAUCCAGAGGAGUUUCGUUUUCCUCAUGGCAAGGCGAACGUUCUUGACCCACUUCGCACGGCGAGUCGUGCAUCCGUACUCCCUCCGCAUGGUCAAACCGUGCGCCCAGUACAACAUAACGUGGUGAACAGCGCUCCUACCAAACCCUCAGAGCCCCCGACAGCCCCCUCUCCCGAUGGAAACAGCUCCGAACUGGAUAAACUCUUCGCCAAACUGAUGCCCUCUACCUCCCUUGCUCCCACCCCCGCACCACAACAACCAGCAAUGGCAACCCAGGAAAAGUCAGUCAACGAUCUAUUUGCUGCUCUCACGCGCGGUAGUACAUUUGCGCACCACAACACGGCAUCUUCACCAUCCACUCACCAAAUCGCGGAAUCUCCCCCGUCUCGAGGCCCCGCAUUAUUGGAUUCUAUUUUCGCAUCUGCUAUGCUCCCUGCAUCGUCGUCUGCCGCCUUCGCGCCCCCUCAGCCGGCUCUCCCAUCCCGACCUGAGGAAAUCGUCAUCGUCUCUCCGAAGCCCACCUCAAGUGCUCUUCCGCAAAUUCUGAACCAAGACGUCAUAUCUUCGCUCCUCGGUCUCUCUCCCCACUCUCGAGCGUCGUCUGCGGCCCCCAGCUCGGCGAGUUCCCACCACUCUGGGCACAGGCGCUAUGAAGGGGACAACGAAUAUAGCGAGGAAGACCAGGCCUCUGAGGAAGACGUACCCGGGCCCACCAGGUUCGGUGCCAAUGGGAAAUACGCUACGAAAAGUGCUCCUGGACGUCUGGUGCCCUACAAACCGUAUACCAACGGUCAUGAUCAUGGUCGCAUACAAGGCGACGUCACCCCCCGCGCGCCCCCUGGCGGAGCCCAUCUACCAUCGACCUCGCCCUCCGAGUCCCAGCAGCGUAGCAUGACGCCAACGGCCAACGGCCGAAGCUCAGCAGCCCCCGUUAUACCGGCUGCACCGGCAACAUCGGCAGACGCGCGCGCGCGCUCAUUGGUUCCCUUCGAAGCCAAUUCCGACCUUUGGCCUUACCCCCGUGCACCGUUGGACGAUCGCUCGUUCGAGCAGGAUGACGUCCCGCCUCAAGGAAAGAAGGAGAAGAAGGGGAGAAAGAGUCGCAAGGAAAGGGAGCAGUUGCGGAAGGAGCAGGAGAAGGCGGAGAUUGAGAAAGCUGCGGCUGCCACUGUCUCUUCCCCCGGGCCGAAGACUGCUGUUAUGGACCCGCAGCAAGUUAAGGUCGUCGCGAACGAGACCAAUGGGCAUGCUCAUGAAGUGGCGUUCGACAAGGAUGCUGCGAAACAAGCCCUCCUUGCCGCUAUGUUUGCCAAGCCUGUUGCGCCUAACCUCGGUCGCAGAGAGUUCGUACAAGAAGUCCUCGAUGCUAUCUAUAAGGACCCAGCGUUCGUCGACGGUCUCUGGCAAGACUAUCUCUCACGAACAACCUAG